AUGGUUACAACAAUUAAAAAAGAGGAUGAGACACUGCUGUUCCUUGCCAAUCACGACGAGUCAUCAUCAUCAUCAUCAUCAUCGCUGGAAAGGAAGAAAUAUGCACCACCUUCAAAGAAUAAGCAUUGCUCACCAAGUCCACUACGUCAUUCUGAAUACUCGUCUUCAUCACUUGCAUCGACAAACUCUGCAGCUGGAGCUGGAGCUGGUAUUGCCCCAUUUCGACCUUCAAGCUCAUUUAUUGCACGCCGACGUCCCCUGGGAAACGCUUUGAGCAAUUUAGGCUACUCCGACUUCACAGACUUUGAAGAACUCGGGUGUCCCAUACGCCGAUACUCCUUUUCUGUCAAUGAUUAUUCGAAAAUGAACCCAGAGAUGCCAUUCUUUCAAAGGUUGUUAUCCAGCCAUCAUUCGGUAACUAAUCCAAAUUCACCUUUUGAUGCUUAUGUAGCAGCCAACAAAAGCUCACCACAAUUAAGCCUGCCGCUUUUCCACAUACAAGAUGGAAGCUCGGCUUCUCUUGGUAAUGAAUUCGGCUCUGCCGCCGAACCUAGGCGAUUGAGUAUUAUUGAUAUCGUUAAUAACCUCAGACCGUCAAAGUUGAUUGGAAGUAUCAAACCUCUUUGCAACUGGUAUGCUUUUUACAAGGACAAUGUUAAGAAAAUCAAGAACCGAAAGGUUCGCAAAUACUAUAAGGAGCAAAAUUAUUUGAUUACGAAAUUUCAAGAGAUUGAUAAUUUUCUAGACGCUGGCAAGAUUCAUUAUAACAUGCUAAGUAACUAUGGCAAUGACAGCUCUAACGGCAGAAUCGCCUUGGACAAUAUUGAGGAGAUUGACGAAACCAUCAAGCCAAAUAGUGCUGAAGGUGAACGUACCAGCACUGAAUCCAAAACUGGUUAUAAAAAUUUUCAAAAUGAAGAAAGUCCAAAUAACAAGACGUUGCAAUCAGAGCACCGUUCUACUACUUCUCAGGACUUGGAACGGACUAUCGGCGGUGAUAUACCCGCAUCAAAGUUUUCAAGAUUUUAUGAUGUACCUGGGAACGUAGACAAUGACGGAGGAAAAUUCUUAGGCUUUAACCAGGAGGAGGAUAGUUUGCAAGUUUUGAAAGCAAUCUUGGUGAAUUUUCUCGUCAACAUUAUUUUGUUGAUUGGAAAAAUUAUAGUAGCAUUAUUGACCAGUUCUUUAUCGGUUGCUGCAUCGUUGGUUGACUCUAUCUUGGACUUUUUGUCAACAUUCAUCAUUUAUAUCGUCCAUAGGCUUGCUGGUCAAAAUGACUGGAGGGUAGAACAUUCAUAUCCAAUUGGAAGAUCAAGGCUAGAGCCACUUGGCGUUCUCAUAUUUUCAAUAAUCAUAAUCAUUUCUUUUUUUCAAGUUGGCCAAGAAUCGUUCAAGAGAUUAGUUUUCAGUACUUUGGAGCAAAAAGUUCCAGCAACAAUCGGACUCGAUGCAAUUGCAAUCAUGGUCGUUACAAUAGUUUCUAAAUUUGCAUGUUGGGUUUGGUGUUCCAAAAGUCAAUCGUCCUCCGUGCAAGCAUUGGCACAGGAUGCAAUGUCUGACGUUGUUUUUAAUACAGUCUCAUUGUCAAUGCCGUGGCUUGGUCACGUUUGCAAUAUAUGGUGGUUUGAUCCCUUGGGCGGGUUGCUAUUAUCAGCAUACAUUGUAGUCAACUGGGGAAAGACCGCUUUUGAACAUAUAAACAACUUGACUGGCGCAGUAGCCAACCCUUUGGAUUACAAGAUCAUACUUUAUAUGGCACUUAGAUUCGCCGAACCAAUCAAACAAAUAACUGCUUUAAAAGUGUAUCAUGUGGGGGACAACUUGAAUGUGGAAAUCGAUGUAGUUUUUGCUAAUGAUAAGUUCAAUCUUAGUUUUAAAGAUUGUCAUGAUAUCGCUGAGGCAUUGCAGUAUAGCAUUGAAAGUUUGCCAAUGGUCGAAAGAGCUUUUGUACAUAUUGACUAUAUGGAAGGAAACUACAAAGGGCAUCUCAAAUAA